CGGAGCCCAGGCACAAAGAAACGCCAAGAGGCUUGGAGUAGAGCCGUGUGUAGGGCGGAACGGCGCCGGUUUGUGAGUUGCUGAUCGUAUCAAAUAGGUCAGAGAAGAGCUACAGUCUCGUUAGAUCUGCAAUUCCAUCGAGUCGGAGGUAACACUGCAAAGGGACCCAUGCGUUUUUAUAAUAUGUCGACGAACUUACUGUUGGUUCCAAUCCCGGAGUCAUGCGACAACGCGAUGAACAGAGACAUCAAGAUCGCAGUUUUAGGGUCAAGCACUGUUGGGAAAACAGCAUUGAUUGUCCGGUUUUUAACAAAGAGGUUUAUUGGGGACUAUGAAUCAAAUACAGGAAAUCUUUAUUCAAGACUGGUUCAUAUUGAAGGCGAACAGCUUUCACUGCAAGUGCAAGACACACCUUGUGUUCAGGCUCAAGGAGAAUGUUCACGUUUUCCUGACCUUGUCUCCAGGUGCAUUCACUGGGCUGAGGGAUUUAUCUUGGUGUAUUCAAUAACAGACUACAAUAGUUACAAACUGAUUCGACCCCUGUACCAGCAUAUACGUAAAAUAUAUCCUGAUACAAAAGUCCCUGUGAUCAUUGUUGCUAAUAAGAGUGACCUAUUGCAUGCCAGACAAGUUCAGACCAAUGAUGGAAUCCAAUUAGCAAAUGAGCUUGGUACAACAUUCUUAGAAAUCUCUACCAGAGAAAACUAUGAGGAUGUGUAUGAAGUUUUUCAACAUGCCUACAAAGCGGUGAGCAAACUGCAUAUGAACAAUAAUGGAGAAAAACGAAGAGGAUCAAUUAUUCCACGACCCAAGUCACCUAACAUGCAAGAUUUAAAACGACGCUUCAAACAAGCCCUUUCUUCCAAAGUGAAAUCUGGCACCACUUUAUGACGUGGAUAUUAAAAUGAUCAAGCCCAGUGGAUAACAAGCAGAAUUGCACAGUAUUUGUUUGACUUCUGUAAAUGGUGCCUUUUACCUCCAGCAAGAUUAUAAAAGUAGCUUUAAAUGAUGACAGUGCAAUGUUGAUUCUUGCAGUGAUUGACUAGGAGCAGGAUUUACUUGAGGGCAAAUGAAUAUCUCUUUACUUGCUAAUGCUCAUAUAAUUUAUGCUGCUACAGUGUAGCAAUGCAUUGUUUGUGAAUGCCUGUGUUGAACCUUGAAAAGAUAGCUGAAUAGCAUUUCUAAUGUUGCCAAUAAUGGCUGUUCAGAAUGUGUAAUGGAGUGUAUUCAUUGUAUAGUACAGCUGUAUUGAGUCUUGCAAUACAUUGUGAAGUGAGUGAAAAUAUGGGAUGGACCUGGGACAACAGAACAGUCCCAAAAAGAUUUAAAAACUGCUACAGAUUUUGGGUGAUUGGAGUGUACGUGAGGCAAAUUAUAUAAGAGACAGAUGUGCAGAUCAGGUGAAAGAGGUCUUAAUAGUCUCCGUUACCAUUAUGAAGUUGCAACUAGCCACUGGAAUUUUCUGAUUUGUGGAUUCCAGUUUAAGAAAAUGUAAUUAUUUGUCAAUUCUAGUUUAUAGAUUUUGAUGAAAAUUAUACAAAACAUUACUGUCAAUCGUUUUUGUGUAAUGAGUUUGUAAUUAUCCUGUAUUUUAUUGAUUGAACCACAAUGCUAUAUUUGCUGGAGAUAAUUCUUUUUACUGUAUUUUAUACAAACAAUGAUUAGUUAUUCUUGUGACCAAAUGAAAAAUGUGCUCAUUUCUAAAUUACUAUAAAGACAUUUGUACAAUGUUUCCAGAUUUAUACUAAUGCAGGAACAUAUUGGAAAUUCAAUCAUCCACAAGGACACUUUUUUUGACAGAAGUUAAAGUAUUGAUUUUAAAGUAUUGAUUUAUGAAAAACAAAUUAGAACAGGUUAUUUAAUGAAUUGCAGUGCAAGUUCAGUAUUUUAUGUUUUGAUAAUUGCUGAAAAAUACUGGUUAGACAUCAGGGGCUGUGGUCAUCCCUUGAUACGCUUGACAUUAGUCCAUCAGCAUUUUAAGAAAUAUCUGUAGGCUGGAGAGACUGGGCUGAAGGAAUUAACUGCAGGAAUGUUAUCUUGUGGGGUUACUCAAGUUAAAUGCAUUUGCUUCACAGGUUAACUAAUAAACUAAUGACACAGUAAAAGGUGAUGAUAAGUGCCAUGAAAAAUGUUAAAAAUUGAAAUGAGUAAAUGUAAAAAUAUUACUUAAUGUAAUUGGCACUGUUAAAAUAGUGCAAGAAAAUAAGAGCAGGAAUAGACCAUAGAGCCCUAUGAGCCUACUCUGCCAUGCAACAGCUUCUGCCUUAAGUCUAUUUACCUUCCUACAGCCAAUGUCCCUUGAUUCUCUGAGAGAUCAACAAUUUGUCCAUCUCUGCCUUAAAGAUAUUCAGUAAUGGUGCAUUUGUUUGGAGUAGAGAAUUCCAAAGAUCCUUUGAAUGAAGAAAUCCCCUCAUUCCUCUUCAUUGAUCUCACUUGUUACAUCCCAAAAAAGCUAAGAAGUUUGUUGAAUACAAUUUUCCUUCUGUAAAAGCAUGCCUUGUCUGAUUGCAGUAUGAUUUUGCUAAGUGCUUGGAUAAGACUUGCUUAAUAAGAGAUUGUAGCAUUUUCCUGUUGAUUUGAGGCCUGGUUUCUCUCUCCCUCCUUUCUUGAGUUGUGGAGUUAAGUUGCUAACUGUCAAUCUGCUGGGACUGUUCUAGAAUCUAGAGAUUUUCAGAAACCAAAACAUGCACUAACUCUGCAGCUACCUCUUUUAGAAUGCCUACCCAAUAAUGUAGGCAUCAUAUUCUCAGAUAUUAGUCGGAUUUUAGUUCCUAAGGAACAAAACAAUACAGCACAAGAAUGGGCUGUUUGGCCCACCAAGCCUGCACUGAUUCCUGUUUCUUAUUUAGACAUGCUAGUUACUGCCCAUGUGCAGUUUUUAUCCCUCUGAUCACCUCCCGUUCAAUUGCUAAACAUGCCUGCUUUCACCGCCUCCAUUGGCAGAACAUUUUAGGCACCUACCACCCUCUGUGUGAAAAAUCUUCCCCACACUUCUCCCCUAAACUCUCCCCCUCUCACCUUAAACCUGUACCCUCUUGUAGU